UGAGCGAGCGGAGAGAGAGAGAGAGAGAGAGAGAGACCAUUUCACAAAUGACCAUGAGAUUCCUUUGGUGCCUUGCUCUUAUUUUGCAACCACUAUAUUCAGUUCCAAAGGUUGUGGUUCCAAGUGAUCUUAUCAUUAGUAUAGUUGGUGAAGACCUGAUUCUGCCCUGUUCCCUCGAGAACAGUGUCAGUGCAGUGGACAUGGAGGUGAAGUGGACUAUUAAUGGAAAUCAGCUGGUGCAUCAUUACAGAAGACACAUGGACCUAACUGAUCAGCAGCUUCCAGCAUACAGUGGCAGGACGAGUCUGUUCAAAGAAGAGCUGCAGAGGGGCAACAUCUCACUAAAUCUCAGAUCAGUCAGACUCUCAGACACAAACACAUACAGGUGUUAUAUCAGAACUAAUGAGGGGACUGCUGAUGCUUCUUUUGAAGUCCACAUUCAUGAGCUUGGAAAUGUACCACAGAUAUCUGCUGUGAGUCAUAAUAAUGGCAGUGUCACUCUAGUGUGUGUGUCCACACACUGGACAAUUCAACCUGCAAUCGAAUGGAUGGAUGGUAAAGGAAAUAUCCUUCAGCAUGCAGGGGACUCAGUGUACUGCGUUGGCUACGACACACCCCUCUCUGUCCAGAGAAGUGUCACUGUGCAGGGGCAGUAUGGGCACAGCUACACAUGCAGAGUCUCAUUUGGGAACCAGGGAAAAGAGCAGCAGUUUCAAGUAGAAAGUUUUGAAGUCAUAUCUGGAUGUGCGAUGCUGAUGAGCGGAACAGAGCUGUGCUACAGUGCCAUUCUUGUCACCUACUGGAUCACCAAAUGCACAUAUUAGGACAGAUGUCACAUACAAUGCCUAAGCUUAAUGUUUUCUUCUAAAUUUAACACGUACAGCUGAACUAUCACUUCUACUUUCAAGCAUCAAAGUCUCUCCCUUUCUCUCUCUCUUUCUCACUCUCUCUCUCACACAGACACAGACACAGACACACACACACACACACACACACACACACACACACACACACACACACACACACACACACACACACACACACACACACACACACACACACACACACACACACACACACACACACACACACAGUGUCACUAUUUCAUAUACACUAUAUUGCCAAAAGUAUUGGGGUCACCUGUCUUGACUCACAUAUGAAUUUAAGUCACAUCCCAUAAUCCAUAGGGUUUAUUAUGACGUUGGUCCACCCUUCGCAGCUAUAACAGCUUCAACUCCUCUGGGAAGACUUUCCUCAAGGUUUAGGAGUGUGUUUAUGGAAUUUAUGACCAUUCUUUCAGAAACGCAUUUGUGAGGUCAGAUAGUGAUGUUGGACGAGAAGACUGGCUCUCAGUAUCCACUCUAAUUCAUGUCAACGGUGUCCUAUUGGGUUGAGGUCAGGACUCUGUGCAGGCCAGUCAAGUUCAUCCACACCAAACUCUGUCAUUAAUGCCUUUAUGGACCUUCCUUUGUGCACUAGUGCACAGUCAUGUUGGAAUUGGAAGGGGCCAUCCCCAAACUGGGCUUGGUGACUGGUCCCUUAGUUCUAGUGAGAGAGUUUCUUAAUGCGUCAGCAUUAACAUUUUGAAAAAUUCUAUGCUCCCAACUUUUGGAAAGUUUGGGCAUGGCCCCUUCCUAACCUUUGUGGAAUGUCUUCCCAGAAGAGCUGAAGCUGUUAUAGCUGCAAAGGGUGGACCGACGCCAUAAUAAACCCUAUGGAUUAAGGAUGGGAUGCGAUGUGACUAAAGUUCAUAAGUGAGUCAAAGCGGGUGAGAGAAUACUUUUGGCAAUAUAGUGUAUAUUUCUAUGGAGUAUGGAGUUUGGUAUGGUGUAUAUGAAACUCAAUGCAAAUUCAAAUGUGACAAAUAUGUCAACCGGUGUGUUGUUAUGCUUGCUGAAGUGAUUUCUAAAAACAGUGAGAAUAAGUUGGAUAUGCAUUGGUAUUAAAGCUUGCUGUACUCAUAAUAAACUGUGAUCAUGGAAAACUAAGUCUGCUAUAGAAUGUUAUUUGCACUAACAUGAGUGUGGCACACUCCACUUUCCACAUAACAUUCUAUUACAGCGCUACACACCAACAUGACAUUUUGCCACCCUGUUGAUUACGAUUCAGUUUUUACCGCUGGUCAAUUAAAUCCAUU